AUGGAGGACACACUAUCCCGUGCCAGAAAGGGCAACGAGGCAUUGCACCAGCUGCUUAAGCUGCUUAUGAAUGACAGAACAGAACUUAGACCUCAUAAGGAGGAGAAUCGGACAUUUUUCGAGGAGUUCAAGAGUAACAUCGAGGCGAUCAAGAAGAACCAUUACACGCCCGAGGCGAAAGUUACGAAAAACGACAAAGAGAACUCAAGAAUACCGAAGGAGGAUACCACGAACGAUAAAAUCACAGAAAACGAGACGCGAGCGGGCCGAAGUAAGGAUAUGCUAUUGUCGAAGCUCGAACGACAAAGUAUCAGUAUCGAGACGCUUGAGGCUGAAAUCAGAAAACUUCGGCUCCAGAAUCAACAAUUACGAGAGACUAACUACGGUUUGAAAGAACGAGCAGAGAGAGAGAAAGAAAUGAGAGAACGUCUUGAAAGAGAGAGUCAAAAGCCAGUCAAGGCCCAGAGCAGACCUCGAGAGUCUGCAGCGAAAGUGCAAUUUGUGCCUCAGGCCGAUGCAGCCCAAAUCGCGAAAAUACACCGCCAGGAAAACACAAUCGAUCAGUUACGCACUGGCUUGGCUCUAGUGGACGAGCGGUACGAGGAAGCCAAGCGAAAGUGGGAGGCGAGCGUGGCAGUGAGUGCUUUUCAAGAAAGAGUAAUUUUGGAUCUUAAGGCGAAAUUGGGCCAAGGAUCUCAGCAACCUUCGGACCUCACAGAGCAGCUUCUCAAUGGCUGCGAAAUUGACUCUAGCGACGAUCGCGCAGACACCACCCAGUUGAUUCUUGGGCGCCCGAGCGGAAGCCCCUACGACCAUCUAGGCCAAGGCCACAGCCGAUUCAAGGCAGCUGCACUUGCGGUACUUUUCACGGUGAGAGCAAGGCGGGCCGUUCAGAAGGCACGCAGGGAGAGACUAAUUUAA